CGACCAAAACGUGAUGCUGGUGUCAACCUUGCUGUCAAGCCUCAUCGUCACAUCUUCCUACUCGCUCCUUCCUAGUCAAUUUAUGAUAGAAUACAACGCUGCCAACAUGAAACUACCGUCGCUAGCAAGCAAGCCCGAACAUGCGGUUGUCGUCGCCGAUCCAACAUUCUGGGGCCCAUUUGUGCCUCGAGAUACCUUCACUACAUCAUCGUCCUUUUCAGAGGAAUCGCCGUCCGUCGCUGAGUCUGACGUAUCGUCAAUCGGUGAAUUUGACUCCGAGGACGUUGUCCAAGGAGCCGUUUCUCCCAGGAUACCCCUCCAGUGGGUUUUCAAAGGGCUCACAUUGUGGUUGGAAUACGAACAGUACGACAACGACCUGACCAAGGCUAUCGAGCACGCUGUUCGAGUCUACGGUACAGAGCGUAUUCCAGUUGCACACUCAACAGCUAUUUACGGCAUGACUCAUUUAUCUGAGCAAGAAGCCAUCGGAAAGCUCGCCAAGGUCUCAGAGGUAAUAAAACGCUGGCCAGAUAUGGACAGACCUCAGGGCGUUACACAGGACAUCGCGCAAGAGGGACGACCAGGGCAGGUUUGCAGUAUUGCGUGGGCUGAGCUUACACUUUCAACCAAUAAUGAUCACGAGCGCGCUUUGGACGAGCUCUACAAGCUCUUCGACGUUCCUGCCAAGCGGGAAGGAAGUUGGACACCACACAUUAGUUUGGCCUAUGACAAUCCCGAAAACACUAUCCUCAACCUACCGGAUACGUUUUCCUAUGUGAUGCAGCAUCCAUCUCUUAUGAAGGGGCGACGCGUCAAGGCUAUUUCGCUCUGGAAUACUGCAGGAAAGAUGGCAAACUGGCAGUGUUUGGAUCGCGUAUUUUUCACCAAUCCUUAGACAAAAUCGACGACUUUUUCCGUUCCGAAUAGAGAUUUUGGAAGCUCUCUCUAUAGUCUACCGGAGACUUGGUAGAU